GGUUGUAAUGAGCGGAGAAGACAACUCCGCUACCCUCCAGGUGGCUGCUGGACAGAAAGUUCAAGUGCUGGAGAUGCAACGGCAUCCAAAAGUUGCAGGCCUCUUCUCCCUUCAGCUGCACAAGCAAAGCCCCAUAAGUCUAGAGAGAAGACUUCCAAACGCUGAGAAGCAAAGUGGACGGGAUGAUAUUGCUCUGGUUCUCCAUACCUCUGGCACCACGAAAAAGCCCAAAAUUGUGCCGUUGACUCAUGAAAACCUCACAGUCGGCGCACUUUGCAUUACAUCAACUUUGAGACGGCAAAGAGAAGACGUGUAUCCGGGCAUGAGAUGAGCGUUCAGCUCCAGCUGUGCUGCAAAACCAUGCAUGCCACUGAAGACACUAGUGCCGUAGCUUAGGUGCUUGAACCUCAUGCCUUUGUACCAUAUCCACGGCCUCUCCGUCAAUGUGCUGGCAAGUGCCAUGUCUGGGUCAUCUGUCGUUUGCACCCCGGGCUACAAAGGCCCAGAUCAACCUACGCAGUGGUUGGCGUCUGGCGCAGCCAGCUGGUAUUCGGCAGUGCCCACCAUGCACCAAGGGAUCGUGGAGGCGGGGUUUUCAUUGGAUGAGUUCAGCGCAACGGGUGCUGGCAUUGGUUUGGUCCGCAACUGCUCAGCAGCCUUGGUGCCAGUUCUGGCGGACAAGAUGGAGCAACUCUUCGAGUGCGUUGUCAUGCCAACCUAUGCGAUGUCAGAGAGCAUGCCCAUCGCCUCGAACCCGCUGCCACCACAUUUGCGUGUUUUGCGCAGUGUUGGACAAGCAGCAGGUCCCCAAAUGGUUCUCAGGCACGACAACAACUCAGAGCCCAAAAAAGGCGAGGAAGCAGAGAUUUGUGUGAAGGGCGCUUGUGUGACCAAAGGGUAUGAGAUGCGUGCCCAUAUGGACCAGGACCCAAAUAUUGAAGCUUUCACAUCAGAUGGUUGGCUGCGAACUGGAGACAAAGGCUACAUUGAUGAUCACAACUACCUUUGCCUGUCGGGCCGCUACAAAGAGAUCAUAAAUCGCGGAGGCGAAAAAAUUUCGCCUUUUGAGGUCGAGAACGUGUGCCGUCAGUGGCCGCCCAUCUUCGAUUGCAUCGCCUUCAGCUGUCCUCAUGCACAACUGGGAGAAACAGUGGGCUUAGCAGCAGUGCUUCGGGAUGGCGA